AUGUGGCGUCCUCCGGGACAGAAGGUCCCUGAACUUCCGCCUAGCGGACCGGAUGACCCGCCGGAAGAUGUUCAAGCGCGAUCCCUGUUCCGUAGGGGUUUGCCCUUCCACAUCAGCUCCAGGCUGUUCAUCUCCAUCUAUGGCGGCGACGGCGGGCACUUGAACCCCGGCUGCGACAACAUCAGGCUGUUCGGCCCCUUUGGCGACGUCCGUCACCGCUCCUCCGUCGACCGCGCCGACCUGAGCUCGGCGGGUGCGCGGGCGAAUGGGAUCAGCAAGUGCGCCGAACAAGAUCGUCGACCCGGUAGCCCCGGCUACAUAAACCAGUGA